AUGAACGACGCUGAUCUCCAAUGUAACGCUGUCAAUGUCCCGGCGAACUUCGACCUCCCGGUUUCAGUUAUUUGCAAUCUCAUUCUUAGCACUGUGAAGGAAGUGAGAGAAAUGAAAGUCCUUUUGCUUAAAGAUCCUAAAGAAGGAGAAUUGGGACCUGAUCCAUAUGUUCAGGAAUUUGCUUCACGUGGCCUUCAAGCAACUUUAAUUCCUGUUCUAUCAUUUGAAUUUAUAUCACUUCAAGACUUAUCAAGAAAGCUUGCACACCCUGAAGCUUAUGGUGGACUGAUAUUUCCCAGCCCCAGAGCAGUGGAUGCUGUGAAGUUAUGUUUGCGAGAAAAAGAGAUUAGCGAAGCAUGGUACAAUCAUUCUUUAAGAGAACAGUGGAAUGAAAAAUCUAUCUAUGUUGUUGGAAAAUCUACAGCAAAUUUGGUAAAGGAAAUUGGUCUUACAACACAAGGAGAAGAAUCUGGAAAUGCAGAAAACCUAGCUAAGUUCAUCUGUAGCAAAGAAUCGUCAAGCUCCCUGCCUCUUCUAUUUGUAUGUGGUUCACUGAGAAGAGAGACGCUCCCUAAGUGCUUGAAUGAAAAUAAUGUGCCUUUGGAGAGCAUCACUGUCUAUCAGACAUCUCAGCACCCUUCCCUCCAGCAGGCUUUGGGUGAUUAUUUUUCGCAGCAGGGAAUUCCAGCAAGCAUUACCUUCUUCAGUCCUUCUGGUGUCGGGUUUUCUUUGAAGACCAUUAAAAAAUUGGCUGGAGAUUCCAUUAAUCAAAUCAAGUUUGCAGCAAUAGGGUCAACAACAGCUGAAGCCAUGACAUCAGUGGGACUGACUGUGAAAUGUACAGCUGAAAGACCUACACCACAAGAUCUGGCAGCUUGUAUAAGAAGAGUGCUCUCCCAUGAUCAAAACCUGGACCCUAUGAGCCAAAGUAUAAUGCUGUGUAUUGAGACACCUGGGUAUAUUCUAUUUUUGGUGUUUUCACCCAAGCAGAUGACAUUUGCAAAGCCAUCAGCAAUGUGGCUAGCUUUACAUUUGAGCUUGCUGUCCGUUUCCGCCAUUGUCCGGACCAACUGCGAGAAACCCUUCCACAACCGCGACCGCUCGGACAUGGCGCCGUCCUUGCAACGCUGGGCGCCGCUCAUCCUUGACCAGGUGGCCGCGGAGCAAUACCUGUCCAAAUAUGGAUGGACUCAGCAAGUAAACUGGGACAAUAUCAAGUACCAGAAGAAUAUUGCAGAUGAGCAUCCAGCUCCGAAAGACUUACUGGAUCUUAUUGAAGAAGGGUCAUCUAUUUCUAAACAAAGAGAACAAUCUAGGGCUGAUCCCAAUAAAAGUAUUGCAUAUACAGAAGCUUUAAAACAGUUCCAGAAGGCCAAUGACAUACCUGUGACUGGAGAACUAGAUAAAGCCACUAAAGGAGCAAUGAACAAACCACGCUGUGGGGUCCCAGAUAAAGUCCUGUCCAAUGAUAUCGCAUUAGACAAUGAGACAUCCACUGCCAACCAGACUGUUGGUUUCAACAACACGGCAACUGAUAACAGUGACUCUAAUAACAGGACUGUAGGCUCCAAAGCACGCAAGAAGCGUUUUUUGCAAUUGUUAUUUUCUCCCACACAUAAAGUGUUGCCAGUUGACUCCAAUAUGGAUAGUAAGGCAGCGAAAAUGGCCUUUUCUAAAUCAAAGCUAACGUGGCGUUUGAUGGGUGAAGGUUAUAGCAAUCAGCUGUCUGUUGAAGACCAGAAACAUGUGCUGAAAAUGGCUUUUAGGAUGUGGAGUGAAGUUAUCCCUUUAGAGUUUGAAGAGAAUACUGACUCCCCUGCUUCAAUGGUCGACAUAAAACUUGGCUUUGGAAAAGGUCGCCAUAUGGGCUGCACACGGGCAUUUGAUGGCAAUGGGCAGGAGUUUGCUCAUGCAUGGCAAUUAGGUGAUAUUCACUUUGAUGAUGACGAUCAUUUUACUACUCCAAGCAAUAGGAAUGGAAUUAGCUUACUGAAAGUGGCUGUCCAUGAACUAGGUCAUGUACUGGGUUUGCCUCAUAGCUACAGGACAGGUUCGAUAAUGCAGCCCAGCUAUAUACCACAGGAUUCAACAUUUGAACUGGACUGGCUUGACAGAAAAGCCAUUCAGCAACUCUAUGGUAUAUGUGAAAGUCCUUUUGACACUGUAUUUGACUGGAUUCACAAGGAGAAAAAUCAAUAUGGAGAGUUGAUAUUUCAAUUUAACACAUACUUCUUCAGAAAUGAAUUGUAUUGGCUUUAUGAAAAUCGGAAUAAUCGAACACGUUAUGGAGAUCCCAUUGCAAUCUCAAUUGGAUGGCAAGGAAUCCCAAGUAGUGGAAUUGAUGCUAUUGUACAUGUAUGGACGUGGACAAAAGAUGCCAUCUAUUUCUUUAAAGGUACUCAGUAUUGGAGAUAUGAUAAUGAAAAUGAUCAAACAUUCACAAUGGAUGCAGAGGGAAACAGCUAUCCCAGGUUAAUUUCUGAAGGCUUUCCAGGUGUGAAAGGGCCAAUCGAUGCAGCUUUUUAUGACAGGAGAGACCAACACAUAUAUUUCUUUAAAGGUCCAAAUGUGACUACUUUCAACAUGAAUACCAACCAAGUUAACGGAUAUCCAAAAAGAAUCAUUGAUGUAUUCCCACCUGUAAUGCUAAAUGAUCAUCCCAUUGAAAAUCUCAAUGCUGUAUACUACUCCUAUUACUACCAAUCAAUCUUUAUCUUCAAAGACAAUUUCUUUUGGAAAGUAGUUGAUAAUUGGGAUAAAAGGCAGAACCCAGUAUUGCCAAUGAAUGGUUUAUUGCCCAAAAGAAAUAUUUCAGAACAGUGGUUUGAUAUUUGUAAUGUUCAUUAUUCUUUGCUAAACUAGCUGUUGAACUUGGUACACCUCCAUUAGAAAUAUAAAUACAAAUUAUAGUAAUUAAAACAUGACAAAGGCCAUUUUGAAUUGCAAAUUAGCCUGCUUUUAUAUAUAACCCUUUAGAUUUAUGCCAAA